CCUGCGACGAUUGGCUGAAUUAGGUCUCAGCCCUAAAAUAGCCUGAGAAUGGCACGCAGGCGCGCAGGCUUUCAGGGACUGGGCUGCGGAAUCAGCUGGCGAUCUUUGGCUUAGGAGAAAGCCCCGAGUUGCUUUCUCUCCUGCAACAUGGCUGAGGUAGAGGAAACAUUGAAGCGAAUCCAGAGUCAAAAGGGAGUCCAAGGGAUCAUUGUUGUGAAUUCAGAAGGUAUCCCCAUCAAAAGCACCAUGGACAACUCCUCCACAGUACAGUAUGCAGGCUUAAUGCACAACUUAAUAAUGAAGGCAAGGGGCACUGUCAGAGACAUUGAUCCCCAGAACGAUCUUACAUUCCUGCGGAUCCGCUCCAAGAAAAAUGAGAUCAUGGUUGCACCAGAUAAGGACUAUUUCCUGAUUGUUAUUCAGAAUCCUACAGAAUGAAAGCUUCCCCAACUGGCCUGCAUUCCUUUUACUUAAUUGUAUAUUUUUUAUUUAACACUGAUAAUUAUUGUCCUUGAUAAUAUCUGAGAUUUCUUUCUUAAAAUAUUAAAGAUUCAAGGAGUCUGUUCAAAUUACUCAAGGGUUACUCCAUGGAGAAGACAAAAUACGAAAGCAGAAAGAGGAUCAAAGAUGGAAGGUUUCUUUAACAAAUAUAUAACUAAAUAACUUUGUUCAAAACACUUGUAAUAACUGUAAAUCUUUUUUGUUUUCCUUUUAUUUUGCACUUGUUUCUUUUAAAGCAAAUUAAAAUAAUCAAGCAGA